GAAGAUUUCCUCACUUUCAUGAAAGGACUCAUCUCCUUUCCACUAUAUAUUCCAGGCACUCCAUAUGCAAGAGCUGUUCAGGCUAGAGCAAGAAUAUCUUCUACAGUGAAAGCUAUAGUUGAAGAGAGAAGAUCAAAGGGAGAGAUCUCUGCUGAUAAUAAGAAAAGUGAUUUCCUUGAAAUACUCCUAUCAGCAAAUAGCCUGUCUGAGGAUGAAAGGGUGAGCUUUGUACUGGAUUCUUUGUUGGGUGGGUAUGAAACCACCUCCCUUCUCAUGGCAUUGGCAGUUCUCUUCUUGGGUCAAUCACCAGCUGCUCUGCAACAAUUGAGGGUAGACACCAUCUUUCUCUCUCCUCCCCUUUUAGCCAUUUCAAGCUCCAUAUAAAAAAGCUGAAAUUCAAUGGCCUUCUUUUAAAUUUUUUAUAAAAAGAAAAGAGAAAGAAAAUG